AUGUACUCGCGAGUUUUCGGUUUCGGCUGCCGUGAUUCGCCGGACAUUUACAAUAAAUUCCUGGAACAGCUAGGAUACUAUCGUAAACAUGCCGCUACCGAUUCUACCUCAUUGUUUCGUGUUGUAUCGGAGCUACAAUACGACAUACAGCUCUAUCACUAUAAGGUUCGCCUGGAGUGUGUGAAAUUUAUGCGCAGAAAUCGGGGAAUAUUCUCGAAGGACAUCAAGUACGCUUACGAAUCGUACGUGAACAACCUAUUGCGGCCGCGGACGUAUGGCGGUUUGGUGGAAUUGAAAGCGCUGGCACUACGGUACAGAGCGAAUAUAUUUCUGUUCGAACCCCUGAAAGAAGGCAAAUGGUUUGUGUACAACCCGAAGUAUAAAGUGACCUGGAGGCUUUUCAACGGUCGUGAUAAUCAUUUCGAUGCGGUGUUCCCGAUAGAAACGAUGAAAGUAACCGCUGAAUGUCAGGCGAUAGUUUAUCAGUUGUUGUACACAAGAGUACUAGGUCUGCCGGACGUCGAAUACGCCGUCGAACGUAUGUUGCACGAUCCCGAGAACAAGUUCUUUAGAUACGCAACGCAAACCGAUGGUACCACUACCGCCAUUACACCGGAUGGACUGCAAAUGCAACUAUCCAAACCGGACGAUACGAAUUGUGUGCUGAUGUACCCGCAUCUAUGCCAUUUUCACAAUCAAGAUUACUUUUUUAUCAUAGAGGAUUAUUUCAAACAGUACGGAUUAGAUGAAGGAUGUCGGGCGUACAUUGGCGAAUACUUUCAGGACAGACGAAAUAAACCCAAUCCGCUUCUUACGGAUUCGAAAAAUUCCUGCGUGCGACAACUUCUCGCACUCGGGAUCACACCGUUCCCGUACAAGGUGGCGAAAGCGCUCGAUCCUUGCAUCUAUCGGAAUGUGGAAUACGAUGUGUGGCAGGAAAUGCGAAUGGAAAGGAAUAACGCAAUACUUGAGAACAUAUACAUGCCACCGCCUUCGGAACAAUAUGCUGCUAGUACAACAAUGAUGAACACUGAGAACAUUGAUGGAGCAGUGGCUGCGUUACAACCUGUCCAGCAUAUGGACUUUUUCGGUAGAAUUGAUUCUCCAUUCGAAAUUUUUACGCCUUAUCAGAGCAUCUAUAUGUCACCAUCUUCCGAACAAUACGCUGCUAAUAAUGUCAGUUUAUUGACCGAUAAUGUAGUCCAUCCAAUCAGUGUGCAUGGCUGCGUUUAUGCUCCUUACAGUUCCACCACGCCACCGCUGCAAUUAUUUCACACGGCAACGCAGUCACCGCUGAAACAUUUUCAACAGACACCAACAUUAACAACCAAUGAGUCGUUGGCUGUAACGGAUCUCAUAACACUGCUGCCAAACCAAUUGAACCCACCUAUACCGAACACUCGUGUGAUGGUGGUCGAUUCAACACUGCAAGCGCAACAACAGCAACCGACGGAUCAACAUCAAGUACCGCAACAGCAACAACAAGAAAAGCAUUAUAAUCAACAACCACAACAUUCUUAUCAUCGUCAGCGUCAACGCCACCGACAACGACACCGCAUUCGCCAUCGACAGGAUCAGCAACAGCACCAACAGCAGCAGCUGCAGGAUCCACGGAAGAUGCCUGUAACUAUACCAUUUGGUUCGGGGUGCUAUGUGCAGUACUUUCCCAUUGCAGCAGACACAAAUAAUAUAUCAACACUGCCAUUGGGGUACGACAAUAAUUCAUAA